CCCGAACAAGCACUCGCUGAUUUGUCCUGCCGCCACCUCACGCUUUCUCGCGCGCUCUCUCUGAACGUCUGUCCCAUUUCUCUAUGUAUUCGAUCAGCAGCAGCAGCAGCACUUAUCAUCUAAAGUUCUAAACCCUAGCACGCACUCCGCUGUCGUCUCCGGCGCCUUUUCCGAUCACUUGCUUCGCAUUUCCGGCCGCUGAACGAUGUCCGACGAAGAGCGGGAGGAGAAGGAGUUGGAUCUCACUUCCCCUGAUGUCGUCACUAAGUACAAGAGCGCUGCUGAGAUUCUCAACAAGGCUCUGCAGCUAGUAGUUUCAGAAUGCAAGCCGAAGGCAAAGAUGGUCGACCUUUGCGAGAAGGGGGAUUCUUUUAUUAGGGAGCAAACAGGCAAUACGUACAAGAAUGUCAAGAGAAAGAUUGAAAGAGGAGUUGCAUUUCCUACUUGCAUUUCGGUUAACAACACUGUCUGUCACUAUUCUCCACUAGCUAGUGAUGAGUCUGUUUUGAAAGAAGGUGAUAUCGUGAAGAUUGAUAUGGGUUGUCAUAUUGAUGGGUUCAUUGCUAUUGUUGCACACACCCAUGUUCUGCAAGAAGGUCCUGUCACUGGUAGAGCAGCAGAUGUUAUUGCUGCAGCAAAUACUGCAGCUGAAGUUGCUUUGAGGCUCGUAAGACCUGGGAAGAAGAAUAAAGAUGUAGCAGAAGCAAUUCAGAAGGUGGCUGCUGCUUAUGACUGCAAAAUUGUUGAAGGCGUUCUGAGCCACCAGCUGAAGCAGUUUGUCAUUGAUGGCAACAAGGUCAUCCUAAGUGUCUCCAACCCAGACACAAGAGUUGACGAAGCAGAGUUUGAGGAGAAUGAGGUCUACGCAGUUGAUAUUGUUACAAGCACUGGAGAAGGAAAGCCUAAGCUGUUGGAUGAGAAGCAGACGACUAUUUACAAGAGGGCUGUGGACAGGAACUAUCACUUGAAAAUGAAGGCAUCUCGAUUUAUCUUCAGUGAGAUUAGUCAGAAAUUCCCUAUCAUGCCCUUUACGGCGAGGGCUCUGGAAGAGAAGAGGGCAAGGCUUGGACUUGUUGAAUGUGUGAAUCACGAUCUCUUGCAGCCAUAUCCCGUACUUCACGAGAAGCCUGGCGAUCUGGUUGCCCAUAUCAAGUUCACAGUCUUGCUAAUGCCGAAUGGAUCCGAUAGGAUCACAUCCCAUCCUCUGCAGGAGCUGCAGCCAACGAAGACAAUCGAUGACCCUGUGAUCAAGGCCUGGUUGGCACUGGGCACAAAGACGAAGAAGAAGGGUGGAGGGAAAAAGAAGAAAGGCAAGAAAGGCGAGAAGGCUGAUUCUGCAGAUGCAGAGCCCAUGGAUGCAUCGACGAAUGGCGCAGCUGCAUCGGAAGAAUGAUCGCCCUCCUCUCUCUUUUCCCCUCUUCUCCAAAUUUUGGUGCUUACCAGAUCUGUAUGUGGGUUGACUGUGAAUCUUCCGUUUGGGAUAGUGUUUAAUUGAUUAUCCUGUGAGUUUCUGAGAUUCUUAGUUUCACUCUCUGGGAAAGUCUCUUCAAAUUAUAUGAUAAGAGUUAAAUUUCCGGGCUAGUCUUAUUUCGA